GUUCACGGGACUAUAAUAAAACAACUCCAAGUGUGGGGAAACCGAGAGUAACCUCGGUUGCUUUAUUUUCCCCAUACUUUCUUGCAUUCAAAUUGAUUCGAUUCCUCCUUCAAGUCACUCUACUAUCGCCAAACCAGACAACAUGUCCAGUUCUACAUCAAGCUACUCGGCCAUUGCCCAGCGCAAACAAGCACAUCUCGAAUCUCAAAUUCCCACAGAAUGGAAACUUUCCGCUUCUUCGAUUCCAUCGGGGAUGCUCUCCCUAGAAGACUCUAUCACUAACGCUAAACAGUAUCAGUCAGUGAAUGUGAUGCAGAUCCCAAGAACAUGUGGACUACUCACUAAUGAACAACUGGAAAUUACGGAAAAUUGGGAUAUUCGGGGCCUUUUGCGAGUCAUUGCAGAAAAACGAUAUACAACGGAAGAUGUUGUAACGGCCUUCUGCAAGCGAGCGGCGAUCGCUCACCAACUCACCCGUUGCUUGAGCGAACCACUUUUCGACCGCGCUCUCCAACGAGCCAAACAACUCGACUGGCAUCUCCAGAGUAGCGGGAAACCAAUUGGUCCAUUACACGGCCUACCUGUUUCUAUCAAAGAUUCCUUCCAUGUGAAGGGCGUUGACUCAACCACGGGCAUAGCUGGUCUCGCAUUCCAACCCGCUACGGAAAACUCGCCGCUAGUGGAUCUACUUGAAUCCUUGGGCGCUGUAAUAAUUGGUAAGACCAACGUCCCCCAGACCAUGGGCACUCUGGACAGCUGUAACUACCUCUUUGGUCGGACACUCAAUCCACUGAACCGGCAGUUGACAGCAGGAGGCAGCACGGGCGGCGAGGGAGCCUUGAUCGCCAUGCGGGGGUCAAUGGUCGGCUUCGGUACGGAUAUCGGAGGCAGUAUCCGUAUACCGGCGAUGUGCAAUGGUAUUUACGGUUUCAAGCCUAGUGUCGGCCGUGUUCCCUUCAGAGGCCAGGAUGGAGGGCAUAUACCCGGCAAAGGAAGAGUCUCCCUGCAAGCUGUUGCUGGUCCCCUGGCACGAUCAGUGGCUGAUCUAGGCGCCAUCAUGGAAGAACUUGUGCCGCGGGCCGAGCUCUUCGGGGAGGAUUGUAUUCCUGGUCGGUGGUAUGGGGAAUUCCCCUUCCGGCUUCCAGAGACGCAGCCCCGGAACGUCACCAUCGGUGUACUUCGAUCGGAUGGUAUUGUCGAGCCCUUGCCUCCUAUCGCCAAAGUUCUAGAUGAGGUGGCUCAGUCACUGCGAAAGACACCCGGUAUUGACGUGGUUGAGAUUCCCGUGCCACCGGCAUUAACCAAAUGCCAGGGCCUGGCAGGGCGAUUGAUGGGCGUCGACGGAGGAAACGCUAUGGUGGACCUACUCGAGAGCACGGGAGAGCCGUUAACCCCCUGGCUACAGGGCCGGCUAAAGCGGGGACGGGAACUAACGCUCUCGCAGCUGGGACAGCUGCAGGCUCAGCGGUCUAUUGUUGAACGGGAGCUACUCAAGAUGUGGACUUUGAAUGGUAGCUCUGAGCGCAGGAUUGACGCUAUUAUCCACCCUGUAGCUCCACAUCCGGUUCCUCAAAUUGACCGCUAUAACGCUGUUGGGUAUACGUCUAGCUUUGUCUUGUUGGAUUAUCCUGCGGGAAGCAUUCCAGUACGUCCAUUUAGGGAGUCCGAUCUGGAGAGCGGGACGGAAAUGAAUACUCCUGUGUUGGGAAGCUGGGAUAAGGCCAAUCGACUGCUGUGGAAUGAAAAAACGGUCGAUCGCCGGGUUUACUUGGGUUCACCGCUAAGCAUCCAGGUAGUAACGCCCAAGCAGCAUGACUAUGAGUUAUUCAGAGCCAUGGAAAUCAUUGAUCGGGCCGUCAGGGUACCAGAUACCGAGAAGAAUGCAGCCAAGUUGUAGAGGCAGCUCUAGAAACAUAUACAUUCUCGCAUACAACUAGACACGAAAUGUGCAAACACACUCAUACGUACGCCCAAUGAAGUAGAGCAAUAUACGAAGAGAUACUACAGACACAAAGCUCAUAGUUUGCCCUUCAAGUGACUUCCACCAUCCGUUGCGAUAACCGCUCCAUUCAAAUGGCUGGAGGCUCGACUUCCGAGGAAGACCACUAAACCCGCAAUAUCCUCCGGUCU